ACAGCUGAAGACAGAGACUAAUCUAUGGACUAAAGGCCAUGUAGCCUCAGUGGAGGCUGCUGAGGGGAGGACAGCUGAAGACAGAGACUAAUCUAUGGACUAAAGGCCAUGUAGCCUCGGUGGAGGCUGCUGAGGGGAGGACAGCUGAAGACAGAGACUAAUCUAUGGACUAAAGGCCAUGUAGCCUCGGUGGAGGCUGCUGAGGGAAGGACAGCUGAAGACAGAGACUAAUCUAUGGACUAAAGGCCAUUUAGCCUCGGUGGAGGCUGCUGAGGGGAGGACAGCUGAAGACAGAGACUAAUCUAUGGACUAAAGGCCAUGUAGCCUCAGUGGAGGCUGCUGAGGGGAGGACAGCUGAAGACAGAGACUAAUCUAUGGACUAAAGGCCAUGUAGCCUCAGUGGAGGCUGCUGAUGGGAGGACAGCUGAAGACAGAGACUAAUCUAUGGACUAAAGGCCAUGUAGCCUCAGUGGAGGCUGCUGAGGGGAGGACAGCUGAAGACAGAGACUAAUCUAUGGACUAAAGGCCAUGUAGCCUCAGUGGAGGCUGCUGAGGGGAGGACAGCUCAUAAUAAUGGCUGGAAUGGAGCAAAUGGAAUGGAAUCAAACACAUGGAAACCAUGGAAACCAUGGUGUUGAUGUAUUUGCUAACAUUCCAACUAUUCCGCUCCAGCCAUUACCACGAGCCUGUUCUCCCCAAUUAAGGUGCCACAAACCAACCUCAUGUGAUAGGAAUGUAGCUUAGAAAGAAAUGAUAUAAUCUAUAACAGAGGAUAAUGACCGAACAUUCAGUCAGCUCUGCAGUAGCAGUAGUAUACUCAGAGGACACCACAUCCAAGACCAUGUUUACUCAGGAUCAAGGUUGGACACACAUUGAGUGAUUGAUUAGUUAUGUAACCUCACUGAAGGGGAUAAAUGUAAACAUUGUCCAAUUGUUUUUAAUAUACUGUGAUCCUAUGUGGAAAGUGGAAUGGUCUAGAGGUCGGCAGUGUUUUCGCUGCUCCCUUGUACUUGAUCAAUGAAUUAAGGCCACUAAUGAGUAAACAACUCCACUCACUGGUUGUCUAGGUCUUAAUUGAAAGGAAAAAAACAAACACCUGCAGACACUAGAUCCUCCAUGGAAGGUGUUUGACACCUCUGAGCUAGAGGAUAGAGAUCCUAUUGAGGAGAGAAAGCAAAUCAUCGUUGAAAAACAUUACUAUUAAUGUGUUUAUUUAUUCAAUGAAUAAAAAUGGAUUCAACAUUAAGUCUACCUCAUAGGACGUUAUUCAAAUUUGCCUUUGAUAUAAAGAACAUGCACACGCCAACAUGCCAAAACUUGUGCCUGCCAGAAGAACAUCCUGUCUAGUAGGCGCGUGUGUUUUGUUUUCCACUCCGACUGUGCGUUGUCGACCGCUGUCAAUCAACGCCGGGGAAUGCGGCGGAAGUGCGCCACACAAACACAUGUCCCAUGACUGCGCGUCGUAGGUAGAGAGGUGGGGGGAGGGGUUUGCGCUGGGUGUUUUCUGAACGUGGGCGGUUUUCCCAACAGUGUGACUGCAAUCACCGGCUGAUUCACUCCUAAGCUCCCCGACCAUGAAGAUCUGGACAUCGGAACACAUUUUCAACCAUCCUUGGGAGACAGUCACCAAGGCUGCGAUGCAGAAGUACCCCAACCCCAUGAACCCCAGUGUGUUUGGGGUGGAUGUGUUGGACCGUAGUGUGGACACACGGGGACGCCUGCACAGCAACCGGCUGCUGAGCGCUGAGUGGGGCCUGCCUUCCAUCGUCAAGUCGAUCAUUGGCAGAACACAGACGUGCACAUACAUCCAGGAACAUUCUGUAGUGGACCCCAUUGAAAAGACAUUCGAGCUUCAAUCUUCAAAUAUCACAUUCACUAACAUGGUGUCAGUGGCUGAGAAGCUUACAUACAGACCACAUCCUGAUGACGCAGAGAAGACGAUAUUGACUCAAGAAGCUCUCAUCUCAGUCAAAGGGGUUAGUCUGAGUAGCUACCUGGAGGGAGUGAUGGCUAGCACCAUCUCUGCAAACGCAGGCAAGGGUCGUGAGGCGAUGGAGUGGGUGAUCAGGAAGCUAAAUGCAGAGAUCGAAGAGCUGGCAGCCGCUGCCCGCGGCACCAUAAGGCCUCCCAUGGCUGCUGCUAUGACUUCAGAGAAAUGAUACCUCUGAGUUCCCAGCGACCAGCCUGGGGACAUUGUUCUCCUCCUGCGUCACAACAGACUCCACCUCCCUUUAGACUGGUCUGAUUCUCAUCAACUGGACAGGAAUCAGAUCUACAUGUUUGAUUACAAUUCAAGUACUGUAUUUAUUGUUAUUAUUUAAGUACUAACUGAAAUGAAGGGAACAACGGUAAUCCUAGUAUAUAUAUUUUUUUUAAACAUUUUAUAGGCGAGGAGCAUCUCAAAUGCAGUGUCUGUUGGAGUAGAAUGUAAAUAUUCUCAGUUGCUCUGUGCCCAAGUUUGAGACGAGAGCAGGUCAUGUUAUCAGCAUGCAGUAGUACUAUAGCCUCAGGGACCGUGUCAAAUAUAGAGGACGGUUCAACGAGUAACAACUUGGUUCUGCUAGCCUGGUGCCAGAGUUGGCAAGAGAGCACAAACAGAUCUGGGACCAGGCUAAGACCGUAUCAGAGGUUAUUGAAUAAAUCCUGGGGAUGCAAUCACCUAUAACAGACAGAACAAGAACAGUUUCAACAUGCUGCAUUUUAAUACCGUCUUCCCUGCGCAAAGCUGCACCUAAAUGAAGAAUGGUAAGGCGUGGUUGGGGUUUUUCAUACUUGACAGUGACAUAUAUUUAUUGAGUGAAAUCACUGACAGGGGGGGGGUGUAAAUGUGACUUUGGGAAGAAGAAACAGAUAAGAAACGUACGAUUCCUCACUAAAUAUUACUAAUGGAUUGUUCUUCGGUGCCUCAGCAGUCUGACCCUCUGCCAGCACAAAAUGUCUGUGUUCUCAGAGGGUCAUGACCCCCAACAAUGAAUACAUUUUCUAACGCACAUACUGUACAGAAGAGAGGGGUCGUGCUCCGGGCCCUCCAGUAAUAUUCUGCAUUCUCUCCCAAGAGUGAAACUAAGUAUUUAAAUAAUACAAAAUAAGUGUUUUGGUUAAAUGUUCUGUACUGCUAUAGCCUCCAGUAUGUUAUGGAAAUGUCUGCUAUGUUUGACGUAUGGAUAGAAUAUAUUAUUUAUUUGAUGUAUAUAGAGAGAAGAAUGUGUUUUUAAUUUGGUUGUAAACAAUGGUACUUGUUGUCAGUGGUACUUACUACCUGGGAUGUCCAGUAUAUAUUCUAGAUCAUAACCCUGAGGAGAUCAAAUGCCUCUGCUACCAACUCUAUGGGCUGGUUUCCUGUACGCAGAUCAAGCUUAACACUGGACUAUUGCUAUGUUGUGUUUUUAAUCCAGGACUAGGUGUAAUCUGUGCAAACCUGACCAGAAUGUUUUGUCUUGUGUCUAUGGUGAAAACUUGUGUUGUCAAGGAAAGAAAGAUGCUACAGUCAGUACGUGAGAUGUAUGCAUUCCAAAAACCACGCCAGUUUGCAUUCUCAAUACAGUUGUGUUAUGUUGCCAGAGUCCGUUCUAAUGUGCUUUGAAGUGGUAAUGUCAAAUAUUCCUGGUUUGUUAAUGAAUGUUCUGACAUGACCUGAUGUUAGAACAAAGGGACAUUUUGAUCGUUCUAACAUGUAAGGAUGAAUUUUGUGGGUGUUUUUAAAAAAUAUAUUUAUUUUUUUUACCCAUAUUUAGAAUAAAAGAACUUUAACUCUACACCUGCACAACAAUAAAACUCAGUUGGUGCUGGAGUCAUAAUGGAUUCAAAUGCUUCUGUAAACUCAAGUUCCAAAUGGUCAAACAGAAAUGAAGACCAGGCAUGUUGGUUUACAUGAAAGAAAUAAAGUCCUCUAAAAUAUG